UCCAAACGAAAAUCAAGUUCAUCUUUUCACUCCCUGGAAAUGUUAUUUAUCAUGGAAAAAUCGAAUUAUAAAGGAAUUACCACAAUCAAUUCAUUUUAUUCUUAAAGUGAACAAUUCUACUUAGUAUAAUGCUUAAAUCUGCAUAUCAAGUCAUCAAAAGCUGUUUGUAAACAAACAUGAUGACUCAAUGACGGAGGUUCCAUCAUUCAGUAUUCAGCGGGAGGUUCAGCUGAGGUUCCUAUCCCCUGAAGACAUCCCAGAGGUGAAACGCCUCUGUACGGAGUGGUUCCCCAUAGAGUAUCCAGAUACAUGGUACCAAGAGAUCGCGUCCAACCCGAAGUUCUACUCUCUGGCAGCAACGUACCACUCCCACAUUAUCGGCCUCAUUGUCUCCGAGAUCAAACACAAAUCCAAUCUCAACAAAGAGGACUCAGAUAUUCUCUCGCCUGCAUUUUCCAGCACUGUGCAGGUGGCAUAUAUUCUCAGCCUGGGGGUCAUUGUGGACUUCCGUAAACAUGGCAUAGGUUCUUUACUCCUGGACAGCCUGUUAUCUUACCUGACAACAAAGGAGUGUUGUGACUGUAAGGCGACGUACCUGCACGUUCUAUCCACCAAUCAGACAGCGAUACGCUUCUAUGAGCGCCGUAACUUCACUGCCCACAGUUUCCUGCCAUACUACUACUCCAUUCAGGGAAAACCAAGGGACGGAUAUUCCUAUGUGCUCUACAUUAAUGGUGGCAAACCACCCUGGUCGUUACUUGACUACAUGAGUCAGUGUGGUGCAAUAUUAACGAAGCUGCAGCCAUGCGCCCUCCCUCGGCAGAUAAUGCGGACAGUGAGGCGAUGUUUCUGCCGAAUACUGAGCAGCACGCGAACACAAGACAAUGGAAACAGUUACGUGUCAUAGGAAACAGUCGGUUGAAUCAAUCUUCUAAUCAAACCAUUUAUCAGCAUUGAUAUAAUUUUGAAAUUAUUUCAAUGUCAAAAGCUUAUAAAUAUUGGUAAAUUCUGAUAACAACAUGUUAUACUCAGUUUUUAAGGGUAAAACCAUUCAGUACUAAAUAAAUUAUUGUUAUCACUAUGACAACAUCAGUUGUGAGAUUGUAUACUAUAGUAAUUUGUUCAUCAUUUGAAUUCUUAAAAACGUUUAAAAAAAUACACUGGAUUUUACUGUUUUCCGUAUUUUUCCGUGCCAAUUGUUAUGAGUUAUAUCAUAGCAGACGUAAGUAGCAGUUAAAAUACAUAAACAAAGUUUAAAUGAACUUCAUCAGAACAAAUCUUGCAUUAUUUGGUGAUAACAUGUUGUUCUCUCAAAUUAUUUGAUCUAUCAAUGAACUCCAAUACAGACUCCAGGUUCCUCCUCCAAAUAUGUGACAUUUUUAAGCCUUGGACCAUUAUUUAAUGUUGCAUUUUCUAAAGAUAUAAUAAAACCGAUAUGUUUUUUAUGUUCAGUGACUAUUUUCGGCUCCUAUUCUUUGCCUCUAAUGGAAUCUGUAUAUUGAUUCAAUCCAGUAUUCUACAUCCAUAAAAGUUCAACAGUAUUUCUUUCAUGAUAAACAGGUUGCUAUAUGUAAUGUGUGUUCCAAAAAUGAAAUUUCCAUUUUUUGCAUUCUAAUUUGCCUCAUGCUUGUUUCGUAUUUAUUUCAUAUGUUUUGUUAUGGUUAUGUAUAGAUAUUAUUGACUGAGUCUGCAGAUGUUUAUUGAUGUUCAUGUUUGAUAUUUAUGUUGCUUGUUGAGUAUAUAAGAUGUUAUAUAUACAAUGAAAUGAAAUACUUGUGAAUGUUUGUUAUGAAGUUUCCAUUAUGAUAUAAAUUUUGUAAAUUAGUGAUCAUGUCUAGCAAGUUAGUGAAUAGUUAGAAAAAAUACACAUAUUCAUACUAAGUAACUCAGCAUUCUUCAAUGCUUGUUUGGUUUACCAGUAAUAACUUCCACCUGAGUCGGUAGUUCUUACACACGUAUGAACAUAUUUUUUUUAAAUGGCUUACGAGCAAAUAUUCAAUAAGAGGCUGUAAUUUCAACAUAUUAAAACAACAACAAAAAAUAUUGUCAAUUUUUACAAAACUAUGCCAAAUGGAUCUGACUUUAAAAAGAACAGUUGUGAUUUGCUAAAUUCUUACUGGUAUGUUUUUUUUCGAAAUAAAAAAAAGAUAAUGUAACCAUAAAUAUGUUAACAUAGACUUUAUUUGGAACUCAAUUAUUCCAGGUUUUCUCGUGUAUUUCAUAUGCUUCCCACCAUACAAUAAUGCUUCUUCCGUCCAUGUUUGAUUAGGAAAUAGAUUUUUCUAUGACAAGUUUGGAGUUUAGAUACAUUGUAAGCUAGUCACUUAGGCCAGUGUCAUUGCACAUCUGAAGGACAAACCAUGGUCUUAUCUUGGUAUAGAACAUAAAACUAAACUAUUUUUUCCAUUUAGACAUGAUUAAAAAGUUAAAGGCCAUUUUGAAAUGCACUGUUUACUCUGCGUAUGAAAAUGACUUUGCAGAGUAAACGAGAUAACAUUAUACAACUCUUCUGUGCAUUGUAAUCCUAUAAUGCAUGCUAAAUGUACUACAUGUUUUGUGCAAAAUUCCAUGUCCAUAUUGGAGGGUUAACCAAUAAAAUGUUUGUGUUAUAGAAUUUGGCAGUAUAAAAUUAUAAAAUUCGAGCUUAGUAAGAACACGAUAUUAACAUUUCUUUUGAACAACGACCUAAAAACAGUUAUUUUGAAAUACCAAAAGAGUGUAAAUAUUUCCUUUAUCAAUGUACCACUGUUGGAUCUAUUAUAGGUUCUAUUAUAGAUUGGUUUUGUAUGUUCCACCUCGUGUGUGCAGGAAUACCAGAAAACCCCAAUAAUUGAGUACCAAAUAGGGACUAUUGAAUUCAUUGUGUUCAUUUCUUCCAAGUUUGUAAGGAAAUACUGGGUGUUUUUCUAGGCUCUAAUACAAUGAAUAGCACUAGUUAAACAUUACAGUAUUGAAAAUGACAUCUGUUUGUUUGUUUUUCCACAUACAUAUUGUACCUAGCAUAUCAUUUCAUUUGUUACCAUGCUCUUUCCCUGUUUAGAAGCAGAAAGCGACUUGUUCUAGAUAUAUAUAACCUACUCAUAUUUAUUUUGUACAUUUAUUUAUUUACGACUAUAGUCUAUAUUAAACUUGCAUGUAUUACAUCUUAUCUUUUAUUGCAUGAUAUCAUUGACAUUAUGAAAUUUAUUAUUAAGAGUUAUUAAUAUCUUUGUUUGUUUUCCAAAGGAAAAAAAUCGAGGUAAUAUCAUAGCCUUGGUAUUGUUGUAGCCAUAUUAUGUCAAAGUUGUGCCAAAAACUAUAACCUUGAAAAUAACUCAUAAACCAGUCAAGAUAAAACUAUAACCUGGACAAUAACUCAUAAACCAUUCAAGGUAUUCGAAUGAAACUUGGUACCCAUGCUGCCUGUAUGCACAUGUAUAAUAAGGCCCACAUCUCUGGCUUAAAUAAUGAUGAAGUGAUGCACUUUUAAGACAAUUUUCUAACACUAUAAAUUAUGGUAAAUCAGUCAUCGAAAUUAGACUUCUGGAUGAACAAGCACGAAUUCUUAUUGUAUUGCUUGGCAUAAAAGUUUUGAACAAGCCCUGCUAUAUAAUAUUCAGAAUUUGAGCAAGCCCGGAAGACACUGGUAGGUAAAUCAGCAUUUUCAAUACAGAAUCAUAAGACUUUUUCUGUUUAAUGGUCUUGGUGAUGUUUUCUGCCACACAACACUGUUAACCUGUGUAAACAUGGGGGAAUGACUUAAUGGUUUCAAUUUCUUUAUCUGUUACAAAUAUCUAGUCAUGUAGGACUAUAUUAUUCUGAAAUCUGUUGGCUUGAUAUAGCUUGGCUUGAUUUCCUCGAUGGUUCGAACUGGAUGUUAAGGACCGAUUUUGUUUUUACUCUUUGCAUUCCCGCUUUGCUUGAUAUGCGUGAGGCUCAAAAAAUUCAGACUCAAACUUUAUGUGUUAAUAUAUCUGGGAACUCACUCACCGAAAACAUUCUUUAUAGCUGAAACAGUUGCUUUCCAAGCAGUAAUGAUUUGAAAUAUAACAACAAAGAUUUUAACUACACUGCCUACUUAAACAUAGUUCUGAACUAUCCACCCAUGAUAUCCUCUGUUUUAAAAUGUUCCUACUAAGACAGCUGGUGUAUAAUUAUGCAGAUUUUGUAUACCUGGUGACCUUUAUUAUUUUGAUAGUAUUUGAAAGGUAUUUAUUAGUAGAGAAUGAAUAUGUACAAAAAUAUACCAAAAAAUGAAUAACAAACAUGCUGUUUUGACUGUAAAAGAUUGCAAAAUUAUAUUAAGGGCAUCUGACAUCCAAUUUUAGUAAAAUUAAGAAACAAAAAACAAACUGCAAUUACUUCAUCUACAGUGCGUUUUCAGUCAUUUAUUUGAGUAUAAGUGAUCAAUUAGCAAUUCAUUUAAAAUUAUACCAAAAGUAUAUGUUGUAACGGGACCCUUCAAAAUUUAAUAUUAUAACCAUUAUAUUAUGGCUCAAUGAAAUUGCAAGUAAAUUUGUACAUUCAAUAUCUUAAUACUCUAUGUAAAUAAUUAUUAGUUGUGUAAAAUUGUGGCACAGAUUAAAAUGUUCAUAUUAAAUAAAUAUAAAACUGUUUCAUUGUUUACAUGUAUUUAUAAAGAUAAUUUUCUUACAUUGCUUUUUAUACUUGAGCCAAUUGCCCAAUUCUGGGCCUUAGGCAAUUCCCUAUAUCUCAAAAUUUGCAUAAGAUAUGUGUUUACAAGUAAAUAUUUACACCUCAACUUCCAUUCCUUAAAUGAACGUCAUUUCGGCAAUUGCGUUCAUCAAUCGAUGAACGCAACAUCUUCGGAUAUGUUCGGAUCGCAAUUCAUUGCAUAACAAUAAACAUGAAAAAUAUUUAUCUUAUUAUUGUUUGUAUUGUGUCAGAAGGUCCAAUAAAAUAUAAAUCAACAUUUUAGAAAGUGUUAGUUUUUUAAAUUUUAAAUGUAUACUUGUUUGAAUUGAAAGCAUAACUGUUUGAAUUUUACGUUUAAAAGUGAUUUCAAGUGGUUGAUCUUUUCCCGCGAUAUUGUGACGUCAUUAAAAAAAUGCUUCCGGGUCGUUCUAUUUACAGAAUGGGUAGGAAUGGGUUACUGAAAGUUUUUUUUUUUUUAAAUGAAAUUAAGUUUUUUGAACAAUUCUUGAAUGAAAUAAUAAACUAUGGGUGUAAAUAUACCCGGUAAGUAAUGAAUUCAUU